AUGUCGCGAGCGAUCCAACGGCUUAUGAAAGAUUACCAUAAAGCAGAAAAGUUAGUGGGACGUUCAUCUAAUGAGUCAAUUACUGAUUUGGCGAAUUCUGCUUCGUUAACAUCGCAAACAUAUGCACAACAAAUGGCGCAAUUAAGGCGAGAUCCCGAAUUGACACAGGAUGAAAAAAAGUAUCUUGUCGCCGUUGAACGAGGAGAUAUGGCCACAACUCGAAGGUAUCUCGACAUGAGUACUUCAGCACCAUCAGCAUCAGUCAGUGCUGACACGCCAAUAACGCCGAUCAAUAUCAAUUGUCUAGAUCCAUUAGGUCGAAGUGCACUUUUAAUAGCUAUCGAAUAUGAGAACAUUGAAAUGAUUGAACUACUGUUGAAUUAUAAUGUUGAUACAGGUGAAGCAUUACUUCAUGCUAUCGAUGAAGAAUUUGUUGAAGCCGUAGAACUUCUUCUCCAUCACGAAGAUCUUCGGCAGCAACAACCGAAACCAAUGACGAAUAAUACUGGUGAAGAGAAAAGUAAAUGUCCAAAUAAUAUUGCCAUAAAUGAUAAAUCAAAUCAAUUAUUCUCGUUUGCCCAAGUCGCUCUGGAAAGGGAGAAAAAGAAUGAAGAGCAAACACCACAAGAAACACCAGAUGUUUCGCAAAAGUCAAAAUCGGCAUGGUCUUUCUUCCAUACAUCGAAAUCAAACCUAUCGGCAAAACAUACAGUUAGUGGAAAUGAAAAGAUUAUAACCACGACUGUUAAUGUUGCUGAUACAUCUGACCAGGAGGUGAAUGAUCAACUUAAUUUGAGUACAUCUCGUUCAUAUACACCCGAUAUUACACCAAUUAUCCUGGCUGCACAUCGAGACAAUUAUGAAAUUAUCAAGAUUUUGCUGGAAAGAGGUGAAAAAGUAACUGAACCUCACGAUGUUCGUUGUGAUUGUGAAAAAUGUCUUGUCUACAAUAAAGAAGACAGUCUAAGACAUUCCCGAUCACGUAUCAACGCAUAUAAAGCCUUGUCAUCACCAUGCUACAUCUCCUUAUCAAGUCGGGAUCCAAUCAUGACAGCCUUUGAUUUAAAUCGCGAACUGAAACGAUUAUCACGAAUUGAAAACGAAUUUAAACAAGAGUACGAACAAUUAGCUCAGCAAUGUCAAGAUUAUAGUGCAGCACUACUAGCUGAAACACGUUCAUCAAAGGAAUUGGAAAUUAUUCUAAAUUACGAUGCAGAAAAUCCGCCGGUGCUAUCUGAAACAACCGAGAAAAUGACGUUAGCCAGACUAAAAUUAGCUAUACGUUAUAAGCAGAAGAAGUUUGUUUCACAUUCACAUUGUCAGCAAUUACUUGCCUCUCUGUGGUACGAAGGUCUACCAGGCUUUCGACGUCGUCAUUCGGUGAUCAAAAUUCUCAUCACAGCUUUUGUUGGUUUACUUUUUCCUGUCUUGUCUAUCGCUUAUCUAAUAAUGCCACGAAGUAGUAUCGGUCGAAUCAUGCGACAACCAUUCAUAAAAUUCAUCUGUCAUUCGGUUUCCUACAUUUUCUUCCUAAUUUUACUGUUUGUUGUUUCUCUUCGAAUUGAGUUCGGAAAGUUACUAUCAGGUACUGAAGUUGAAAUUAAUGAAAGACGUGGUCCACCACCUAAUCCUGUGGAAUUAGCAAUUAUGCUCUACGUAGCUGGAUUCAUCUGGGCGGAAAUAAAACAGUUAUAUCAAGAAGGUUUACAUCAAUAUAUGGCGGAUACGUGGAAUUUACUUGAUUGGAUCACGAAUUGUCUUUAUGUUGCAACGAUCGCUCUUCGUGUUAUGGCUUUUAUUAAAAUAAAUCGAGAAGAGAACGAAUUACAACGAAAACUAACAGUACCUCUCGGAACAAAUACAACAGCAGGUGCUCAUUCCUCUCAUGUCCGUCAUAAUCUCACAUCCGAGUCUAUCGGAAUCUCAACUGGUCACAAUGUUCGGCGAGUUGAUUGGAAUGCAUGGGAUCCUACCCUAAUAUCUGAAGGAAUUUUUGCCGCAGCAAAUAUCUUCAGUUCACUUAAACUUGUCUACAUCUUCACGAUCAAUCCGCAUUUAGGGCCAUUGCAAAUCUCCCUAGGUCGAAUGGUACACGACAUAUUGAAAUUCAGUGUCUUAAUCAUGUUGGUAGCAUUUGCUUUUGCCUGCGGUCUCAAUCAAUUAUUCUGGUACUACGCACGAAUGAAAAAGAGCGAAUGUGAAAAAGAUGACGCAGGUUCUGAUGAUAUUUGUGCUAAAGAUAUACACAAACAUUUUUCUAAUCUCUUCGAAUCCUUGCAAACACUUUUUUGGGGUACGUUUGGUUUGAUCGAUCUGCAAGCAUUUCAAAUAUAUAAAAAACACACAUUUACUAUGUUUAUUGGCUUACUGAUGUACGGUGUUUACUCAUCAAUUAUGAUUAUCGUUCUUCUUAACAUGCUUAUUGCUAUGAUGAGUAACUCGUAUCAGUACAUAGCUAAUUCAACAGAAACCGAAUGGAAAUUUGCGAGAGCAAAACUUUGGACAAGUUAUUUUGAAGAUGGUGGAACCUUGCCGCCGCCGUUCAAUAUUGUUCCAAGUCCCAAAUCCAUUUGUUAUGCUUGUCGAUACUUGUAUCGUCGAGUAUGUGGUUGUUCAAAAACGCAUCUAAGGAAUCGAUGGCAGAGCAUUAAGAAAAUUCUCCUGAAAAUCAACGAACGAGAAGUUAAAUAUCAAACAGUCAUACGUGAAUUAGUUAAACGAUACAUAAUGAAACGUCAACAGAAAGAUCAAACCGAAGGUGUGACAGAAGACGAUUUGAAUGAAAUCAAACAAGAUGUUUCUGCAUUCCGAUUUGAACUAUUGGAAAUCUUGAGUAUUAAUGGAUUCAAAGUGCAAUCAUUGAAGAAAAAUCCAGACACAGGCAAAUUUGAACCAGUUGAGGCAUUAACAAGAUCAGCUCGAGUGGGUCGAAAACGAGGCAAAAUGAAUCUAGAAAAGACUAUCAAUAAAAAUAUGUUCAACGUGUCAACAGCUAUUCGAGAUGCGAAUCCUCUGAUACCGAAAGAUCGAACGAGAUCUGACCAUAAUGAACAACAUGAAUCGAGUUCAUCGAUACUUUCGAAUCCGAAACAUAAACUAGCAACACAGUUCAAACGUGCUAUUACAGCAAUCAAACCACGAAGUGAUUCAUCCAAUGAUCCACCGAAUUCAUUGCCACAUACAUCAACCAUCGAAAAACUGAUUGAUUCGACUAUUUUGACAAGUUUAAUCGAAGAAACCUGUUUAGCACAUGAAAGAGUUGAUUCACCUCGUCCAAUAUCAUCAUCACCAACGUUAACAUUGACACCGAAAUCACCAUCAUCUAGUCAUAUCAAAUCUCAACCAAUACGUUCAAGUUCAAACCAAAUCUUCCCUAAUACGGAUACUGAUAAUAGAACGUCAGCACCUGCAACGAUUAUACCUAUCGAAUCACCAGGAACACGAACAAAUCAUCCGAAUAGUCCCACAGCACGAAUGGUCAGACAAAGCUUACAACAAAUACAUUCAUCUAUAUUGCAGACUAUGCAUCAACAUGCUCCAUCGCCACCUGCUACCAUUACUAAUACUACUACGAUACCACCAGCAGUAGCAACACCACCACCACCACCACUACUAGCGUCGACACCAGCACUAGCAACAACAGCAUCGACGUCAAUAAAUCUAACUCCAACGUCGACGUCAACGACGGGUACAGGUGAAGUGGCUAUUUUGGAAACUAUAUUGUAA